CCUCGCGCCCAGAAACGCGCCCCAGAGCGGAGACCCGUCCCCAUCCCCGGGCCAGGGAGGUGCAGCGACCAUGGCUACAACGGGACCCCCCUGGAUGUGGAUGGCCUGUGCCCUGAUCACAGCUCUGACUCUAAGGGUGACAGAGCCUGUCCUUGCAAAUGAGUUUGUUUCCUGCAACAACCCCCCUACCAAGGGGGCCUCUGGGAGCACCCAGGACUUUGGGGCUGAGGCCAGAGGGGACACGCAGAUGGACAACGGCAGCAGCAGCAGCAGCAGCAGCAGCAGCAGCAGCAGCAGCAGCAGCGGCAGCAGCAGCAGCAGCAGCAGCAGCGGCAGCAGCAGCGGCAGCAACAGCAGCGGCAACCGCAUCGUCAACGGGACCGACUGCGAGCCGCACGCGCAGCCCUGGCAGGCUUCUCUGCUGCUGAAGCCCGACCAGCUGUACUGCGGGGCCGUGCUGGUGCACCCGCAGUGGCUGCUCACCGCCGCCCACUGCUGGAAGAAGGUUGUCAAAAUCCGCCUCGGCCACCAUUCCCUGUCACCCAUGUAUGAACAUGGGCAGCAGAUGUUUCGAGGGGUCAAAACCAUCCCCCACCCUGGCUACUCCCACCCUGCCCACUCCAAUGACCUCAUGCUCAUCAAGCUGAACCGAAGGGUCCAGGAGACUCUGGCCGUCAAGCCGAUCAACAUCUCCUCCUGCUGUCCCACUGCCGGGACCAGCUGCAUGGUGUCUGGCUGGGGAACAACCAGCAGUCCCCAGGUUAACUUCCCCAAGGUCCUGCAGUGCUUGAACAUCACUGUGCUAAGUCGCGAAAAGUGCAAGGAGUCCUACCCGGGACAGAUAGAUGACACCAUGUUCUGCGCUGGCGAUGAAGUAGGCAGAGACUCCUGCCAGGGCGAUUCCGGGGGGCCCGUGGUCUGCAACAACACCCUACAGGGCAUCGUGUCCUGGGGAGACUUCCCCUGCGGUAAGCCCAACAAACCCGGGGUCUACACCAACCUCUGCAAGUUCACCAAGUGGAUCCAGGACACCAUCAAAGCCAACCCCUGAGCCGCCCCAGCACCCCCGGCAUUCUGGGCCCCCAGCCCCUGCAAGUCCCCGCCGCUGCAAGGACCUGGCGCUCCUUC